AUGAUGAACGAGCUGACCUCCGUGCUGUUCAGGAGGAGACGAGUGGCUUGGGGAGCGUAUAAGAGCAUCCAGGAUGUAGAGGAAAAGACCAGGAACACCCGGCUCCGUGCUCACCUCUUCAACACCACCGUACUUCCUGCUUUGACUUAUGCUUCGGAAACCUGGGCAUUUCGCAAACAGGAAGAAAACGCGGUGAGUGUCAUUGAACGCGCAAUUGAGAGGGUGAUGCUAGGAGUGUGCCGUUUCACGCAACUGAGGGACGGGAUUCGAAGUUCUCUCCUACAUCACCGAUCGAAGAUUAGAGACGCCGCCGCGUUUGCCAAGUAUACCAAAAUAAGACACUUGAUGCGCUUUAACGACAACCGUUGGGCCAGAGCUGUGAUCAACGGAGUUUCUCGUGAUAUUAAGCACUACAGGAAGACCGCCGACCCAGUGGUCACAUUUCUUCACGAAAUCCUUCGAAGAAAAUUAUGA